CGCCAUGCGCCAGCAUGCGUCAGUGACGUGCCAGCUCUCUUCCGAGAUCAGAACUUCUGAUCGUUGUUUUCCGACAACAUGCCUCCCAAAAAACAGCAACAACCAAGCAAGAAAACGGUAGAAAAGAAAAAAGACAAGAUAAUAGAGGAUAAGACUUUCGGUCUGAAGAACAAGAAGGGUGCUAAGACACAGAACUACAUCAAGACAGUCACCAACCAGGUCAAAUAUGGCAAUCAGAAAGCCAAGGCUAAAGAGCAGCAAGAACAACUGGACAGAAAGUCCAAGAAGAAACAGGAGCAAGAGGAAAUUAACAUGCUCUUCAAGCCUGUCACUGCCCAACAGAAAGUUGCAAAGGGUGUGGACCCUAAGUCUGUAGUGUGUGCGUUCUUCAAGCAGGGAACCUGUACCAAGGGGGACAAGUGCAAAUUUUCCCACGACUUGGCCGUAGAGAGGAAGUCGGCCAAGAGGAACUUAUACGAGGACACCAGGGAGGAUGACCUGGCCAACGACACAAUGGACAAUUGGGAUGAGGAGAAGCUGAAGACAGUUGUCGACAAGAAACACCAAGAAGAGAACUCCAAGAAACCCAAAACAGACAAGGUGUGUAAGUAUUUCCUUCAGGCCAUUGAAGAUUGCAAGUACGGUUGGUUUUGGGUGUGCCCUAAUGGGGGCGACAAAUGCAUGUACAGACACGCCCUCCCUCCAGGCUUUGUCUUGAAGAGUCAUAAGAAAAAGCAAGAUGAAGAACAACCAGAACAACAGAUAACAAUAGAAGAACUCAUCGAAGAAGAGAGGUCAAAGUUAGGAGCCCAACAAACGAAGAUAACCCUGGAGACGUUCCUCGAGUGGAAGAAGAAGAAAAUUGCUGAGAAGAAGGCACUCCUGGAGAGUCAGCUCAAUAAGAAAACAAAUUUAAUUUGGGGGUUUCAGAUCACGGGUCGUGAGCUGUUUGCCUUCAACCCAGACCUGGUCGGGGAUGACGAUGAUGAGGCUGCAGAUGAUACGCAAUACAGGCGAGGAAGUGACGAUGAAGGGGAUGCAGUUGUGAAAGAUGUCAGGAUAGAAAACAUCACAGCCACAGAAGUAGAUGGCUCGGGGACGGUAUCAAUGACCCACAACAGGGAGGGGGAAACGAGUACAGUUGUUGAGGCCUCGUUGCCCGGAACCAGAAUAGACGAGAAAGAAGCAGAAGAUGAAGACAGCAAACUCGACCAAGCGGCUGCCCUUCCUGCUGACGAGACGUCAGAUCAAGAAGAACCAGCCGCCGCAGCGGCCACUGUCAAUGGAGUCCCAGUCGAUGAGAAUCUCUUUGUUGAGGAUGUGGAAGUCGACGAAGACCUCUUUGAUCAGGAGCUAGACCUGGAGGAGGAUAUGGACGACUUGAACCUCAGAGAUUGAAGUAGCUUGUGACACUCCAAGACUAAUAAAAAGAACAAAAUCAGACCUAAAUGCUGACAUCUCGCCGCUUCCCUAGUGAUGAUGAAACUGUAUUUAUUUCUACACACAGGUUGAAAAGGAGAAUGAAAUGACUAUCAUGCGGGAUUUUAGUGGUUCCGAAAAAACUUUGGUUAGGCUCCAAAAUCUCUUAAAGGAUUUUGAUUUUAAAAAAAUACCAAACUGUGGAGUGUGGACCCAGUGAGGCUACAGUUAGACCGAAAACUACAGACUUCUUUGGCUUAAAAAUCUCAGAACUGCUUGUCUUUGAUUCUUUCACAGCCGUUUCAGAUACAAGUACAUCCCAAAUUUGUCAAGCGGAAUGGUAUCUCAGUAAGACACAAGGGGUGCGUCAUUUUUGGAUGGAAUUCACACUUUCAAAUUUGGAUUCCUUUUCUGUAAUUUCUUGGAGUGUCACAGUGUGUAAAGCCUGAAAAUAAAAUUAUUUCCUUGCAAUAAGGAAAAGGAUUGCAAGUAGUUGAAAAAUAUGUGUAUUUCUUAAAAAGGGGUUGGGGUUGGGGGGGGGAAGUGUUUUCAUGAAAGGCAGCAUGGAAGCUUGCUGAAGCAUUAAUCAAAUGAAAAAGUAGUUUCAACCAGUGAAAGUUUUGCACAAAUCUACAUAGAAGUGUAUCAAGAUUUUUUUAAGGACAAACCUGAUGUUAUUGUAGAUGGAUGGUAAUAAGACAUCUCACCAUUUUCAUGUACCAUUUUCGAGUACAGAAAGUACACUUGCUUGUACAUGAAAGAGUGGCAUAAAUUCUGCAAGCAGGGCACACGAUGGCGGUUAUGUUUUUGAAAUGAUACUGAAAUGAAAGUUUGGCAAUAAUCACUUGAUCACUUCCUCUGCUCUUUGGACUUUCCAGGAAAAGCUGGUUCCCCCAAGAUAUCCCCAGCAAACUGCAUGCAUUGUAAACCUUGUAGAAAAAAGAAAUGAAUACAGCAUUUGAAAGAUUCUUUUAUGAAUUGUGUUUCUUUUAUUUUUUUCCAUCAAUUAUUCCGAAAGAUAAGAAAGAAAAUAAUUUCAUUUUGAAGGAACUCAGUUCUCGUCAAUUAAACUUUUGAAGUGGGUACUUCCAAACUACUCAAUUCAUUUUUGCAUCAGAUUUUGUGGAGAAUGUUUGUUUCACCAGGCUCCUGUUCAGACAGAAUUAUGGCAGUCUUUGAAAAAUCAUGAUAGCAAAAUUGUUUGAACUAAUAGGGUAUUAACAAAUAGCCAUUAAUUUACACUGUACAUAAAUAUAUUUCAGUUCUAUGAA